GAGGGUCCGUAGCGACCGUGGCGGUGGAGAGCCGCUUGCGCAUGUCUAGGCUAGCAACACAUUCGGCAAGAGGGCAGCUCUGGAGAGGGGUGGCUUGAUCACCCAAGCACCCAGCGUCGGGGCUCCACAGGAUCCAGGGGCGCGCUCCACGGAAGGGGUUCCUUGCCACUACCACCCUCCAGAUCACCAACCCUACGGGAGCUCUCGCUUCUUUUCCAGCCCCUCGAGGACCUCCCGGGAAUCCGGGUCCCUGUGUACAAGACAGAGGUGAAACGAAUUUUGUAGCCCAGACGACGGCUGGAGUCGGGACACACCCAGCCGGAGAAGCUUGCCGGAGCUCUUGAGUCUCGGUGGAUCUAAGUCGGAGUGUCGCUGUCCCUAGGGGAGGCGAGAGCUUCAGAAACCACUCACGGAAAAAGAUGCCUGCCUUCAACAGAUUGCUUCCCCUAGCUUCUCUCGUGCUCAUCUGCUGGGUCAGAGUCUGCUUCCCUGUGUGUGUGGAAGUACCCUCGGAGACGGAAGCCGUGCAGGGCAACCCCAUGAAGCUGCGCUGCAUCUCCUGCAUGAAGAGGGAGGAGGUGGAGGCCACCACGGUGGUGGAAUGGUUCUACAGGCCUGAGGGCGGUAAAGAUUUCCUUAUAUACGAGUAUCGAAAUGGACACCAGGAGGUGGAGAGCCCGUUCCAAGGUCGUCUGCAGUGGAACGGGAGCAAAGACCUGCAGGACGUGUCCAUCACUGUGCUCAAUGUCACUCUGAAUGACUCUGGCCUCUACACAUGCAAUGUGUCCAGGGAGUUUGAGUUCGAGGCACACAGGCCCUUUGUGAAGACCACGAGACUAAUACCCUUGAGAGUCACUGAAGAGGCGGGAGAAGACUUCACCUCCGUGGUCUCAGAGAUCAUGAUGUACAUCCUCCUGGUCUUCCUCACCCUGUGGCUGUUCAUUGAGAUGAUCUACUGCUACAGAAAGGUCUCCAAGGCUGAGGAGGCAGCCCAGGAAAAUGCGUCUGACUACCUUGCUAUCCCUUCAGAGAACAAGGAGAACUCUGUGGUGCCUGUGGAGGAGUAAUGUGGUGUGACUUGAGGUGAUGUACAGGGUUUAGGAAGGGUAAGGUGGGUGUGCAUGGCAUGCCAUACAAAUGUCAUUUGGCAUCUACAACUGAAGUGACAUUCAAUUUGGUCUUUUCUACUCUGCAUAGCAGUCCUGCCCCCUGGGUACUUUAAGUUAAUGAUCAAGUCACAUUAUGUCAAACCCUUCAAAAGCUGAAUUUACUUUGGCCUGAAUGUUGGACAACCCAAUCCCCUUGCUCAUGAUAACAAAGGCAUAAUAAUUCUUCCAUUCCCUCUUUGGUCCAAAUGUAUUCAGGGAGGGCUGGGCUGGACUUUCUUUCUCAGCGAGUUCUUCUGUUGCUGGUAGGUGAUCUGAGCACUGAGGGACUUGGAUAUUCCCAGUUCAGUGAUGUCAGCAGCAUCAGCAAGGUGCCCCAGAAGUCCCAAUGCAUCCAUAUUUCUAUUCAUCAACCACCCACCCAACUGUGAGAUUUUGCCUGACUUCUGAACUCUAUUGGAACAUCUCACCUGAACUGAAGAGCCAACACCUCUACUUGGACUACACCUCACUUUGUCCUUGCUUUCAAGCAAGUAGAUCCUAACUUAACUAAAGUUGUCCCUUAUGGUCCAAAUGACUUUACAUAAGUACUGGAGAGUUGUGUGCCCCUCUUCCCUGUCUGCAAUUGAGUCGUUCUCUACUGCUACAAAAACAAUGGAUGUAAACCCCAAGGAAGCACUGGUUAGUUUGGGCUAAAGUCAAAGCAUGCCAUGCACUUAGAUUCACUGAAGUCAGUUUUUCCUUUCCUAAGCCCAUGCCCUGCUUCUCAGCACCAGAAAGCAGAAAUGCUCCUCCAGGGUAUCCAGGAACAUCUUCCAUUUGGCCUGGAAUAUGCUCUGGAGCUUAGUGUUUCAGGGCUAGAUCUCCAUAAUCCCAAAGGUUUGCAGCAAACCCAGGACUUCCAAGAGCCAAGGAAGGAUCCAAGGCAAUUUCAUUGGGUCUUGAAAGUGAUACAACAUAGUCCUGAUAUUGAAAACAUGGAUGUGUGUCCUUUCUAGACUGAAAUUGCUCAGUUGUUCUUUUCUCAGUGUCUGUGGAUCAGUAUUAUUCCUCAUUUUACAGGAGGCAGCCGAGACUCACAUGGGAUGAAUGGGACAUCUAGGGGAUUAAGGUGGACUAGGCAUGAGAUUUCAAUGCUACCAACCUCACAUUCCCUGAAGUGAAAGAUAUUUUUGAAGACUUUGACAUUCAACUUGGCUAUAGUCAUGCCACUUGCCCAGCAGAAGCUAACGAUGAUAAAUUCAGGGAACUGGAAAACAGGCAAGAAAAUCCAGAGGGCCUGAGAUAGACCUGCAGAAUUUCACACAAAGAUUUAUGAAUCUGAAGCAUGCUCCAGAAGACAUAGCACCCGAAGGUGAUAUCUGUACAAACAAAAAUGUUUUAAUCUGCAAUGGAUGAUGAACAAGGUGAAAAAGAUGGGUGUGUAGCUUUUAAAUACCUCGCCUGUAAAUCUGUAAUGUUUGGAACUUGGUGUUUGUGUACUGCCCCUCCCCCUCAGAAGAUCUUACUCAAUCUCUCAUUAAUUCAUUGUAAUGACUGUUCUAAGUGCAAUAUUCUUUAGCCCCUACAGAUAAGCGAGGGCAGGAGGCCUUAUGGGAUAUAAAAAGAUGGAAGUGGGAUUCAAUAAGAGAAACGUCCCUCAGAUCUGGGGAGAUCUGUAGGAAAGACCAUUCUCCACUCCCACGGGGGUUUGUAUGACUCGCUUUUUCACCCCUUCAAUCACUGGGGCAUACUUGAAACAAGACCCUCAACAUAUAUGAAAAGCAUCUAAUUUUGUUGUAGAAAACAUUUGCAAUAAAUUCAAGACCCUUCUUCUCACCAGUUAAUUUUCCACCCUAUGCUUCUCAAAUAACAGAGACAAGAGAACUUUAUUUUACACUUUACAUAGGGAAAUAGACUUGAAUUAAUGCAGCAUUUACCUAGCCAUGGGCUAGUUAGUCCAGACCUUGUGGUGGUAGCAAGCCACUUCUUCCAUUCCAUUGUCUGCUCAACCAUGCAUCUAACUUGUGAUGAGGUGGUAUGUGUGACUGCCUUUCCUCUUUAUCCCUUUCUUCCUAAACAGAAUUCCAACCUAGACAUCAGGAUUCAUAAUGAAGCUGAAUGACAUCAGUCAUGUGUCCCUUACAUGACAGUUUCUCUUUCAUUUUCUAAAAUCGCAAUUCUUCUCAUCCUUGGUACCUUCCUUCCGCUGAUAGGGCUUGAAAAGCAUUUGGCUGGUUUUUUUCUCUCUCCUCCACAACUACUCCAGCGAUAUGAACACUGUUGAUGCUCAAUGCUACCAUGAAGAACCUGAGGUCCUCUUGACAUCAAGUAGGUUUACUAAAUCAUCAGCCUGUUGUACUCAGAGAGCUUGGGUCCUAGUCUUGCCUCUUGCGUCUCACUUCACUUCCCCACCCAAUGACACCAUCGUUGCUUCUUCCUUCGCCCUCCUCUCGUCUUCUCCCUCCUUUCCAGCCCUUUCUUCUCUCCACUGUCCUCUAUGCUUCCCACUGCUCAGCUUCUUUACCCUUGCCUUCCUGGUGAACGCUAGACACAUGCCUUGGGAGUCCAUCCCAUUCUAUUUUUGUCUGGUUUGUUUGUACAUGGUGGUUUAUCCAGAAUCACAAUUGAGCUUCCUUAUGGAAGAUUGUGGCUAUAACCUACAAGGCGUGGUACUCACCAUCCUACUUAAACUCAUCACCACCUCCAUUUCUUCUUACGUUUCGACUUAGAAUCCCAGACUAGAUGGGUGCAGUGCUGGAGUGUUUUCUGGUGCACUGUUGCUUACCAAAGGGCUUAGAAGAGUUCUCAAGGGCUAUAAUCACUUAGGAAUCCCAAUGUUUGUCUUGGUGCUCGGUAUUUCCCGUGGCUGAUCCUCAAUCAUUUACUGAAGGUCAUACAAGGUUGGGUCUGAUUUUCCCUUUCUUGCUGCUUAACAUCUGUGAACUUGGCUAUUCAACUCAGUUGGUCCAGAAAGAAUCUUGCCCUGUGACUUUCACUGUCAGCUAGGUCUCGAAUCAAACCCCAGUCCCCGAGUGGAAAUACCCAGUGCUUGCUCCUGUCUUAGGCUUCACUCUCAGUCCGUUUGGCAGCAUUAUUCUUUGGUUUCUCCACCCUCGCAUAACUGUACACUGCAGAUUUCUUUGGAGUUUCUGGGAUCGCUCUAGACAUCAAACUAGAAUUAUUAGUAGAAGAGGAAGUUUUCAGAGCAUGAUUGUGCCAGGACAGACAGCAGUGGGGUUAAGGAAAGAGGCAAGGCUGAGGAGACAGCUCACUAGGCAAUGUGCUCACCACACAAACGUGAGCACCCAGGUGCAACCUCUAGAACCCACGUAAACAGCCAGGCAUUAAGGCACACUCUGGUACUCCCUGUGCCGGGGAGGAAGAAACAGAAAAGUCUUUGGGCCUCACCAAGUAACCUGGCUUAGCUUACUUGGUGAGCUUCAGGUGAGUGAGAAAUCCUGUCUCAAAAAAACAAAACAAAACAAAAACCCAACAAGGUGGACAGUGCCCAAGGAAUGAUACCCAAGGUUGACUUCUGGCCUCCACAUGUGCAUGCACACAAGUUACGGGCCAUAUGCAAACAUUUGUAAACAUGAAGACACACACACACACACACACACACACACACACACACACACACACACACACACACACACACACACACCAGGUCCAGUGGUGCACUCUUAGAAGCAGGAGGAUCAGAAACGCAAGGCCAGUUUCAGCUACAUAUCAGGUGAAAGGCUAACUUGGGCUAUAUGAGACCCUGUCUCAAAAAAAAAAAAAAAAAAAAAAAGGAAAACACACACACACAAACAAAACAAAAGAACAGGAAAGAAACAGUAGCCCACCCUCUCCACAUCAUACUACCACUACAUGUCAAAACAUAAACUAUGAACUGCACAGUGAUGGCUGCCUUUCUCAGAAUCUGUGGAUCUACUGGGCACAAACCACAGGGAAACAGUUGUGAUGACAUUGUUGAAGGAAGAGACAGGACAGAGGCUAGAAAUAUCUCAAGUGUAUCAUCAGUCUUUUCCAGGUUUGACAGGAAAACAAAGUGUGGUACACACACACACACACACACACACACACACACACACGCAUGCAUGCACGCACGCACGCACCCCUUCCUCUCGCUUGUGCUUUAUGAACGAAAAAGCCUUAGUUCUGUGAAUUCAGGCAGUCACUGCAAAUGUGUCUAAACAGGACCUUGGUGUGCUUCAUCAAUCUGAUCAUCUACUCACAUUAACACACUCUGUCAAAUACUAGGUUAGGCUCUCAACAGACCCCAGGAUCUUAGGUCUGUAAGUGUGUGUGUGUGUGUGUGUGUGUGUGUGUGUGUACAUGUGCACAUAUGUGCACACACUUGUGCAUAGGCCCAUGAUUCUAGUAAAGUCUCUGUUCAUGUCAAUAAAGUGUCUCUGAAGACCACA